UAUCCCACCGCUUUUGUAAUUUACUUUGGAAGUAUUCGCACUUGCCUGUUUACAAUUCCUGUUUUGAUUACAUUGUACCUAUUCAUAGCUAAGUGUGUGUGUGUUGUCAGACUGUUGCAUUUCAAAAACAUGUUUUCGGUGAGGACAACCGUGAUCAUUAUGCCCAGCAUAUGCGUUUGUGCAGUUCUUAGUUAUCUUCCUGUAUUAUCCAUAACUGGAAUCAUGUGGGUCCACGAUGAGAAGACUAACGCGUCACGCAUCGCCAUGGCAACGUCACCCUAUCGGGAUAUCAUUAAAAACGUCGUUUGGACCGCCAGAGAUUCAAUCCCAAGCAUUGCGUCUCAGGUCAUCGUCAUCGUCUGUAUAUAUUUAAUGAUCGGAUCUCUAAAGAAAGCGGUCCGGUUUAGAGGGUUGUCGUCAUCAGGAACAAUUUUAGAACCGUCGAAAAAUAGCCACGGAAGAACUAACAAAAAUAACGAACAGUGCAGGACCGGACGGCGCGGAGGUGCAGGUGAUCAAACAGGUGGUCGUCAUCUCGGUGGUCUACAUUGUUGGUAACACGCCGAAGAUUGCGAUCAUCCUGGCGUCGUCCGUUGUACCGGAUCUCAAUCUGGGUCACCGCUUCCAGGACCUGUACAUCGUCCUGACCAACACGAGGGAACUCAUCGAGAUGAUAUUCUCAGCUGUCAAUAUCAUUAUUUAUUAUAGUUAUAAUUCUAAAUUUAAG